UGACUGUGGUUGUGGUUGUUCCUGACUACAAUCAGAUACUUCUCCUAUGAUAAAGGUUUGAUUGUAGUUGUCAAAAUUAACAAGAUUGUGUCCCUUAGAUCCGGAUAUUACAUCAUCAGUUGUGGCUGUGGUUGGGGUUAUUCCUGACUACAACAAGGUAUUUCUCCUCUGAUAAAGGUGCGACUGUAGUGGUCAAAAUUAACAAGAAAUGAGACAAAAGAAGCUUCGGAGCAGAACGAUCUUCGAGCUUACAUCAAAGUAGACGGAUGGUGCCACUGAUCAACAACAAUGCACGUGCUAAUGAACAAUUUAACAGUAUCCUGGUCAUAUAUACAGAAGCUGAUAGAAAGUUUUACAAAGAUGUCCUCCAGACGACGCUAGAAGAACGAGGCAUAAAAUGUCGCACUCUAGAGGACGACGGCCUGCCAUCGAACACAAUAUUUACCAAUUUCGAAUCCCUGUUGGCCGAAAAUAACAAACUUUUGUUUAUAUUGUCAAAUUCAUUUAAACAGGAUAAGAUUGUGUUACAUUUAGCAGUAAUGGCCGCAGCGAAAUCUCCCUUAGAAAACACAGUAUGUGUUAUCCGGGGUGAAGAGAUCCGAUUUGAAGGAGACAUCAAUUAUCUGCAAUCGGCACCUUCCGUAAUGGUAGAGGCAGAAGACUGGAAAACGGAGUUGGCAUCAGCGUUACAUUACACCACUCCACCUUUCUGUCAUUAUAUAGGCACAACAUAUGAGACACGUGGGCUGACUCUCCGUGAUAUGCGAAUUGAUCUUUACGGUCUGGCUGUGGAAAUUAACAACAGGUGCCUUCGUAUCGACGUUAAGGAGUUUGAACAAUAUUUUUCAUCCCACAAAAACUGUGAAACUACCAGGAUAUUCGGAGAAUAUAUGCCACUUUAUACUGACAAAACGUCUGUUAGUCUCUAUUAUAGACAGAACCUAAAUGAUAUGGAUAAUUAUGAUGAAUUUGUCGACAUUUUAUCUCGCCUUUGUGGAGAUGUUUUCAACAUUUCAGCCGCACGAAAAGAAAAAAUAAUGACAACUUUAGGGACAACGCUAGAGGGCCCGAUCAGAGAUCUGGAAUGUAUCAGACGUAUAUGGCUGAGAGUUUUCUACAAAGACAUGAAACAGAAAGAAUCCAGUGUUGAAAUGAAACAUCCAUCCUUUCAAAACAGAGACAAGCGUGUCCAGACGUUCCCGAAGUCGUGGUCAGAAAGUGGUUUGCCGAAAGCUGAAGACAUGGCAGAGGCCGGGUUGUUCUUUGCGGCUCCUCCACAUGUAGCGACCUGUUUCAUGUGCGGAUACACAAUGUUCAACUGGCGGGACGAUGAUGUCCCAUGGGAGGCUCAUGCUGCCAUCAACAAGGAAUGCCCUUACAUAAACGACGUCAAAAGGGCGGAAGAAAUAGAGCGUGCCUUAGAAUCCUACACUGAAGGCGAAUUCGUUGUAAAUGAAAGGUACAAGUCAGUUGAAGCUAGGAAAGGGACAUUCGCAACAUUCAAUUUAGACAACCUGACAAAAUAUAGAAAGGAGUCUGAAAACCCAUUUGCCGACAGAGAAGAGCUGAUUGAAAAAGUAUCGGAAGCAGGAUUUUACUUUGCCGGAAGUGACGACUUAUUCAGCUGUUACGCUUGUGGUUUGAUGCUAUCGUGUAUAUCGAAAAAAAUCAUGGCGACACAUGCCAAAUUCUCGCCAGAGUGUCCACAUGUAUUGUCGACUAAGGGAAGAGGUUACGUCGAGGAUGUUUCUGCCAAUAAUGAUGAUCCCUCCAUAGUGACAUUCUCUCUGAGGAAGUUUGAUGACAACAUGAUAACCAACCGAGACAUAGUGAUGAGUACAGCUGUGAGAUCUAGAAAUGCUGGCCCGUCGAAUCGCUUUCAACGUUAUGAUGAUGUCCUGAAGGCGAAGUGUGAGGACAUACCUUUUUCCUGCUUCUUCAUUUUCUUCGCAUUAUUAUUAUUAUUAUCUUCUUUUUUUUGUAAAAUCUGAAACGUCAUUUUCAGCGUGAAGGUUCCCAAGAAGACAGCCUAAGAGCUUGCCUGAAAUACCGAUAUUAACAAUUGAAUGAUAUUUAUAAUUGAAAGAUCUUUACAAUGGAAUGAUAUUUACGAUCUACAAAUCGACGAGACAUAUAGCGUAUAGCAAAUUUUCCUUUAUUUACAACUCGAAGGAGUUCGUAAAAUAUUUUAAAAGUGGUGAAGAAAUUUGAUUUCUGUAGUGGUUGAUACUUUCCCGUUUGUUAGAGGGUUAAGGAAUAUUUGAGUUUAGUGCGGCAACUAGAUUUAUACCGUUAACGAAUACAUUACGUACUGUGUAUAUGUAAAAUUAUAGUGUUAUUGCGGGAAUUCAAGAAUUGAAGUAAGGGAAAUCAAAAAUCAAUUUGCUUACAGACCUGUAUAAUAGAGAAAAAGACACAAGAACCUGAUAUUUGAAUAUUUAGGAAGAUUUUGGGUGUCGGGUCAAUUCAUAAAAAAAACAUUGAAAUUCUUAUAUCUCGAUUCAGAUCGACUACUCGUAACAUCGUAGACGACGUGUGCAUAGUUACAGAAAAAAUGACAGCUAUACUUUCUUUAGAUUAAAAAACUGAUGAAUUAUGAUUUUUUAGCCUGGAGCUGUUGAUAAAAAUAUAUUAAGAUAUACAAGCCGUGGGUUAAUCCUUCAUCUUAUAUUAAUGCUGUAGACACCACAGACCACAUAGUACAACACAGACUAGUCUGUUUUUUUACAUUAAAUAUAUCGAUAAUUCCGGAAUUAUGGAAUAUGGUGAUAUAUCCAUCAUAUUCUAAUUGAUGCAUUUGAUUUGUUUGAAACUUUUUUUUUUUUUUUUUAUUGUCUCCGUUACGAUAAUUAAUACAUUUUGUGACUAUCGGGUAGUUCGUAGUGUCUAUAAACUGUAGAGUAAUAUCUAUCCACAUAAGUCAAUUGUCACGUAUUAUCUCUUAAACUAGGAAAUUGGUUUCUGAAUAAUUGUGUAAAAAUGUAAGCCCAUAUGUAGCUAAUGAUAUUAAUUUGAUGACUAAUUGAUUGUCAUCUUGAACAUGGUUACUUGAUUGAAAAACAGGUAAAUACUCAUUUAGAUAAUCACCAGUAUUUAGAAUUUUUAUGUGACGUGUUUUCAGAUUACAUGUUAUUCAUGGUAAUCUAUCAAAUGGAUAUUAUAAAACAGUGUGUUUUCGCAUAUAUUAUAGCCAAGCACUUUACUGUGAGAUACAUUUCACAAAAAAUGGACAUGUUUUAAGUUAGAUGUUAGAUGUUAUCCUACGAAUAUAAGAAAUAGUCUAUUUAUUAUGUCCUUGUUGAAGUCAAUUGUACUUUGUGUGACAGGGACAAACAGUGUAGUCUAAGCACAUACACAUGCAUUUAUGAAUGACUGUCGAGUUAUCUCCCCUCUCCCGUCGUAUGUUUAUGUUAUUGUUCUUUGUUUUACACUUAUGACCUUUUAAAUGUAAGAGACAAUUAAAUAGCAAAUCUGGUGAGGGAUAAGUUGAUUAAGCGUUGGCACACACGAAUCAUGGCUAGGCAUGAGACUCGAACUGACAUGUAAUUUGUUAAGGUGUUUUAUUUUGGAAAAACAUGCGAAAAAUGCAUGUUUCAGGAGAACAUAAUUCGAUUAUGUGGAUAAUAUAUAUUGCAAAACAUAGCUUGCCGUUGUGCGCACAAGUGUCUAGAGCACAUAAUUAAAGAGAUAUUUGUUUGACCGGAUUAGACUUCAAGAAAGCAGAAAAAAAGAAACAAAAAAGAUUAUCUUUUGACCUUGAAAUGUAAAUUAAGGUUGAGAAUAAUAUCGCAUAGAUAUGGCAUAUAUAAACAGUAUAGCAAAUUACAUGUCAACAGCAAGGCCCAUGGUUAGCCAGGAUAGAUAGUUACAAUUUAUCAAGUUACUUCGGUUAAAUUGUAUCAGAGUAGUGAUUUUAUAGGCUUGUGGAAAUGUCACUGGAUUUGCUAUUUAAAUGACUUGUUAUUAUAAAGAUAUUUCCAUUUCCAUUGUGUGUUCGUGAUAUAACCUUACUUAACGAAAACAUCGUUUACAUGUUUGCAAACAUCAAAUUCGACGCGUAGAAAAAUAUUGCAUACAAGCCAGACCGGUCCACACAUGCGCAAUUAAUAUGAAUACGCAAGUAUUAUAUUAGUUUCUGUUUUGACUUUUUUCCAAUAAAAUAUUAGAAGAAUAUCGUAGAAUUGAUAAGAAUAUAACGAUGACAAAAUAAAAUGUUCGAAAUAUCUUACAGGAACUGAUUAAAAAACAUGUUACUGUGGAACUA